AUGAACCAAACACCAACAACCCCCCAACGCCAAAAACAAUCCUUCACCGACUACAUCAAAUCCCUAAACAAAGACUUCGCCCUUGAAAUUCCUGUACCAGGCAUUGAAUCCCCUUCCUCUCGAGAAAGGAAUACUACGCCCCCAUGGCAAAUUUACAAGCGGCUUCAUCCGCUUUUCUACAAGGGUUAUGCGAAUGGGUUGGUAGUUGAUUUGAGGGAAUGGGUUGUUGGUCAGUCGUCACCGGCGCCAGUAUCGACUGAGGGUUUUGGUCAGGGUCGAGGCUUGAACCGGUUCCAGAUCCAGAACCAGGACCAGGGUUCAACUCUGGGGAAGAACAGUGCAAGCGCACGCACUAAUGCUCGCAUGCGUGUUGAACCGCCUGAUCUGUCUCACUCGGUAUCAAUCAGCUUGAGUAUUUCUGAUUCGGUUAGGGCCGAUCGAAUGAGGUACUUGCUUAAGCUUAUUGAAGAUGAGGAGUAUAUGAUUAUGAAUGGGCGCGUUGACACUACGACGCCAACGCGGAAUUCUUCAACUUCACCUUCAACUUCAACUUCAACUUCAACUUCAAUGACUAGCCAUCAACGCCAACACCAGUAUCAAAAUCAGAAUCCCCACCAGAGCACGAAUCGGAAUCCGAGUCAUGCAAAGGCACAUGCAGGAAAUAAAAGGUUAGCAGAGAAUCCACCCAUGACUUCUGUGGGCUUAUCACCAAAGAAAAAACGAAGGUUUUCCGUGGAUUGUGAUACUCCCUUUGGGGACAAUGACAAUGACGAGUUUGAGGACUUCGAUCACGAUGCCGAGGAGCUUUUCCAUGCGGCACCUAAUUCGCCUAUUAAGGCUUCACCUUUUCUUCCUGUUGGACAGUCGCCUUUGGGGAAGAACGAGGAUGGUGCUUUUCCAUCUCCGGGGGGUGCGACUAGUUUUAAGUUGUCUGGACAUGCAAAUUCUGACCAGUCGCCUGUGAAGAGGGCUAUUAGCUUUACUUCGCCUGUCAAGAAUCAAGGGAGCUUCCCAUUUUCGGCGAAGAGUCCAGCAAGCUUUACAUCUCCAACGAAACAACAGGGAAGAGUCCAACCACCUGCAAGCAUAACCGCCUCUCAGCCGGCAGGAGACUCGAAUUUUGUUCAAUCGCCAGGAAAUAAACCUGUGGGCUUUUCUUCUCCUUCGAAACCCCAAGAGGGGAGUAUGUCACCGACAAAAAGCAAGGGAGCUCCCCGGUCUCCAACAAAAGCUCCGACAAAGACCCCGACAAAAAUUCCGACGAAAAGUCCAAAGGUGGCCAAGUCACCACCUCAGUUGCCAAUGAGACAGAUGGAUCUUCGGUCAUUCGGUUUUGGUUUCAAAAAACCUGUCAGUGGCGACCCUCCAGUCCAGGAUGGUAGCGAAUUCAAGAAACCUACAUUGCUAGAUAGGCACACCGCAGCCUCCGACAAACCAAAGGGUGAUAACAUGAUUCAAUCUGUCAAUACCAGUUCCUCGGAUACGGAUUCAUCGAUCCAGGAUUCUCGGCAUACCAGUAUGGAUCUGUCAUUUGAUACUGUCGUGAUGGAAAUUGCAGAACCAAUGGAUACGCAAUCAACCUAUUCUGAUUCUGUAGUUGGUUAUAUGAUCAGCGACGAAAUGAACAGAAGCAUGGAUGCUGCUACAUCCAUGAUGGUCAAUUAUGAUCCCGCUGAGACAAAAUACCUGCUGCAGAAGGACUUGAUCAGUGAACUUUUGUCCGAUGGGCCGUUCACAGUCGAACAUUCACUGCCAGGCACAGUUCCUCUGCGUUUUAGAUACGAGUUGGACCGCGUGGGGCGUGCAUGGGGUGUUCCACUCAACAGAAUGCUUGUUGGUGAUCGUCUUCCAUUCAACAGCCAAGAUGAAUUCUGGGCGUGGGUGAGUGGGCACAGUCAACGUGGUAACCGUCCACUUCCGGAGAAAUCAUCUAGCAGGGCUUGGGAUGCUGCCGUUGGCGAUUUUAAGACGAAGAAACUCUCAGAAGUCGUGGUGUUAUCUGGAGACAUGGAAUGGUGCGAAGAAUCCGAGCCGGGAAUCUUCAAACUCACUCUGAAUCCACUCAAGUCUGAGAAAACAUGCCGCUUCCAUAGACGGUUUGGCUCGGAUAGAUUUUUGUCUGUGACUGUUCCAGCUCCCACCCGGCCUCCUGCACACCAGAGACGAGCUUCGUAUCCUUCGGUUCUUCGCGAGAGUAUUGCUGCUUGGCUCACUCGAAAUGACCACCAGUGCCUUGGUCGAACAUGGAGAGCAUUCUAUGUUGAGGAAGUAAAAACUAAGAAGAAAUCUAAGAGUGAGCCCAAGUUCCGUGUCGAAUUAUUUGCCGUCGAUGGCGAAGACUUCGAUCGUGGAUGUCAGUUGCCGCCUCAGAUAGCUCCUCCUCGACAGCCAAGUGACAAACAUACACGCAUGGGCGUCGAUGCAUUGCUGGAAUGGCAUAUGCCCAAGGCCGCAAAUGACAACCAGACCAACUGCAAGCUCUUCCAACGUCUUUCCCUGGGUCUAUCAAAGACAUUUGUGACAGUCACAUUGAAGACAACUCAAGUUCUCCGCUUGCGAGAUUGCCCCGGAAGCACCGUAAUGAACGAUGGAUGCGCAUUAAUGUCAAGGCCCCUCGCAAACCAAAUCUGCGAUCGGUUAGGAAUAACCUCCGCCACACCCAGCUGCUUCCAAGGUCGAAUCGCAGGAGCAAAGGGCCUAUGGAUGGUCGAUCGACACCAAUCCAGCAUCACAAGUAUGAACAACGAUGACAUCUGGAUCCAGAUAUCAGAUUCACAGUUGAAAAUCCACCCGCAUCCCGAGGACUGGGUGGGUCUUGUGGACGACGAGAAGUUGACCUUCGAAGUUGUCAACUGGGCUCAGCCACUCCACCCAGUCGAUCUGAAUAUCCAGCUUCUUUCCAUUCUUGAAUAUGGAGGGCAUGUCAAGGAAUACAUUGCCAAGCUUACGUGUGAUGGAGUUCAGGCUCUCUACGAUGACUUCUUCCAAGUGUUACAAUCCAACAGCCCUGUUCUCUGCCGAGCACUCCUGCAGAAACUGAGAACGUCUGGUGACAAUUCAACUAGCAAGUUACGCCGUUUGGAGCAGUGGAUGAUGAACGAUGCAGAGACUAUCAUUCGCCUCUCGGAGGCUGGCUUUGAACCACAGACCUUCUAUCCACUGCGCGUCAAGAUCCGCAAGUAUCUGAAAUGGCUUCUGGAGCGACAACUCGAGGAACUCAAGAUUCAUGUCCCGCUGUCUACAUAUGCCUACUGCAUUGCGGACCCUUACGGGGUGCUAAACGCAGGCGAAGUUCAUUUCGGAUUCUCGAAUAACUGGCGAGAUCCCCAGGGUCAAUUUGAGGACAACCUGCUAGAAGGCGUAGAUGUUCUUGUGGGUCGACUCCCUGCCCAUUACCCAUCGGAUAUUCAACGGCGCAAAGCCGUCUGGAAGCCAGAGCUUCGCCAUUUCAAGGAUGUCAUUGUCUUCCCUACGAAAGGUGAUAUCCCGCUGGCUCAUAUGUUGUCUGGUGGGGAUUACGAUGGUGAUACGCCGUGGGUUUGUUGGGAUCCGAUGAUUGUACAGAACUUUCAUAAUUCCCCUUUGCCUUCGCAGGAGUUCCCUGCGGAGCACUAUGGGCUCUCUAAGGAGUCGGUUCAGAUGGCUGAGUUGGAAUCGACGGACGACUUUUUGGAAAGUUCAUUCGUUUUCAACCUUACCAUGUCGAAUCUGGGUCGAUGCACGGUUGAACAUGAGAAGCUGGCAUACGAUGAAUCAAUUGACUCUCGUAAAGCCAAAGAGCUAGCAUGUCUACUGAGCUAUCUGGUCGAUGGCCGUAAAGGUGGAGUUCAUCUCUCAGAGCAGGCCUGGCAGGAAUAUCGCAAGACAAUAAGUCCCAAGCAACGCGCACUCCCUGCAUAUCGAAACUCAGAGCGCAAAUCAAACCCAUCAAAUAUCGUCGACUACCUCAAGUUCGAAGUCGCAGAUCGUGAGUUACGAACGAUCUUGUCAAGACUGAACGAUGCCUUCCCCGAAAGCAAAAUCCACAAUGACAGAGACGAAGACCUCACUCGUCCGUGGAAUACUGUCCUCGAAGUGACAGAGAAUAGCCCUCCGCCAGAGGAAAGCCCUCCGGGGUCUGUAGAUCUACGAAAAUUAACGGGCGAGAUCCAAUUAUCAAUCGACAAGUUGUACCGGCAAUGGAGCCAGGGCCACAGCGCCUCAAACGCAGAGUUCUCCGCCAUUUCACGCCAAGCUGCUGAAUGCGCCAGCGCCCUGCCUCCCCCUGAGGGCUCACACCCGCUCCUUCACACCUGGCAAAAUAGCCGGAGCGAGUGGUCGCAGGUGCUAGCAUCAUACGCAUAUCUCCGAUAUCCGCGGUCGGGAUUCGUCAUGCACGCGUUCGGCGAGACUUUAUGCCAGAUCAAGGCGUCUGGCUCGGCGUCUCGCCUUAUUACCAAUGACGUUCUUGCUUGUUACAGGGUUAAUCAGAAGAUGGUAGCCCAUCUGACGGUUAAUGAUCUGCCCGAUCAUAAUAAUAGUGAUGGGGAUGAAUAUGAAGGCGGGGAGGCUGUUGAGGCAUUGAUAGCGGUUGAUCAGGGUGCCCCGGCUGAUUUUUAUGAUGACUGGGAUGAUGGAAUGUCUGUCGAAUGA